UUUUGCUUGAUAUUAAGAAAGAUGCCCUCCAUUAUCUUAGCGAAGUUUAGUCAAAGCCUUAUAAACGAAUUGCUGGUAUUGUACUCAGACAUCAUACAUAUGCCGACAGAAAGGUGCUUAAUUUUUAGAAUCGUCCCGGUACCUUUAUCUGAUCGUCUCAAAAUAUCUUACAAUUGAGGCCAUUGUUGAGUUGUUUUCGAUUCGUGGUCGAAAAUCUGUUGGCAUCCCCGCCUAUAUAAGCCCAUAAAUGUACAGUUCAUUUAAAUCAUUUCGAGCAUCCAAAUAAGUACGUUGAAAAUGAAGUGGCUUUCGGUUCUGGCUUGUGUUUUCCUUUAUGUGUCCGUCACAUGUGCUCAGGAAACCUGCAAUGGACUUCCAAGAGACGGUCUGGAUUGCGACCGCGGAAAGAAUGAAGGACUUAGUGGAUGGAAUUGUCAAAGAUAUGCUAUGAAAGAAAUGUGGUACUGGGACCAGAGAUCUAGGAAGUGCAGAAAGAUGAGGUAUCUCGGAUGUCGUGGCAACAAAAACCGCUAUUGCUCCUUGAGGCACUGCCAAAGAUUAUGUCCUAGUCGACCUUAGUCCUGAU